CGGAAGUACCACGGACAAUUUAGUAAACCUUGAAACAUCUGUACGCGAAGCGUUUGUUAGACGACAGCACUUAGUGUGUGUAUUUUUUGAUAUAGAGAAGGCCUACGAUCGCUGCUGGCGAUAUGGAAUACUUUGUGAUUUGCACAAAUUUGGAUUGUGUGGUAAUUUGCCAGCUUUUAUAAAAAACUUCCUGCAGAAUCGAAGAUUACAAGUCAGGAUGGGCAUCACUUCAUCUAGGCCUUUCACGCAACAAGAAGGUUUUCCUCAAGGCUCUAUUUUGAGUGUGACUCUGUUCCUAAUCAAAAUCAACAGCAUAGCUAACUGUCUUCCUCCUAGUGUAAAACACUCUUUGUACGUGGAUGAUUUUCAGAUCUCCUGCCAGUCUAGUAAUAGGAGUUUCAUUGCGAGACAACUGCAAACCUUUCUAAAUCGCAUAGACAACUGGUCCAAGACCAAUGGUUUUACUUUUAAUAAAGAGAAGACCUCAUGCAUCCACUUUUGCCGAAAGCGUGGUAUGCACCUGGAUCCGGAAAUUUACCUAAACGGGGAUAAAAUUCCAAUGGUGAAUGAGGCUAAGUUUUUGGGUGUUUCUUUCGAUAAUAAACUGACAUUUUUGCCACACUUGCGCAACCUGAAGAGUAGAUGUUUAAAAUUUUUAAACCUUUUAAAGGUACUAUGCUGCUCAUCCUUGGGAGCAGACAAAGUUUCGAUGCUCAGGAUUUAUAGGGCCCUUGUUCGCUCUAAGCUGGACUACGGUUGCAUUGUUUAUGGCUCUGCGCGAGAAUCUACUCUUCGGAUGCUGGAUCCAAUCCUCCAUCAAGCUUUGCGUUUGUGCACCGGUGCAUUUCGAACUUCCCCUGUUCAAAGUUUGUAUGUGGAUGCUUAUGAGCCUCCACUAUCACUCAGGAGAGAACAGUUGUCUCUUUUUUAUUACAUUAAACAAAAAUCUCAGAAAAAACUUACAGCUGAUUGUCCAGAUACUCAGCUGAAAAGAUUAUUUGCCGCUCGGACGAGUUGUGUCCCUACAUUCGACAUAAGAAUGGAGAAUGUAAGCAGCACGAUUGACCUAGACACAAGCAACAUCUCACAUGUUGAGGUUAAUAGUAUUUCACUUUGGUCAACUUCACCGAUUGAUGUUGAUUUAAGCUUAAAGCAGUUCCCUAAAGAAACCAUGCCAGACUACGUCUAUAGACAGCACUUCGCAGAAAUUCAGCAUUGUAACAGGAAUUCAAUUCCUAUAUACACCGAUGGAUCUAAAUCGGAUAACUAUGUUGGCUUAGCUUUUGUUUGCCAGGAUGAAAUUGUGGCAGAACAAAUAGCACCGAAUUCUUCCAUCUUUUUUGCGGAGUUGCAGGCUAUUUAUUUAGUUUUAAAGUAUAUAAAUCGGAAAGGUGAUCGUUGCUGCGUGAUUUACACUGACUCAGUUAGUGCACUUCAGGCUUUGAUCUUGUAUGAACGUAGUUCGCACUCCAUAGUUAUUAAAAUUCAAAAACUAAUUUGUCAUCUCACUACGAGAAAUUUUUUUGUGAAGUUCUGUUGGGUACCAGGCCACGUGGGUAUAAGAGGUAAUGAAGAAGCUGAUACAGCCGCUAAGUCAGCAAGUCCUUCACAGCAUACAAUGCGUAUUGAAGGAGGUCAUUUGAAGCUAGUCGUUAAAAAACGACUAGCAGAGAGAUGGCAAAAUGUGUGGAAUGCACAAAUCCACAAUAAACUUCACGAGAUCAAACCUUUGGUAGAAAAUUGGACACAUAGUAGGCAAUAUGAUAGGAGAUCUGAGGUUAUCCUUACUCGUUUGAGAAUUGGACACACUCGACUGACUCAUCAAUACCUUUUGAAGGGAGAUGACGAACCAGUAUGUCAGCACUGCAACUGUGCUGUAAGUGUUAAACACAUAUUUUGCAACUGUGUUGCUUUUGAUCAGAUUCGUAGACAGCAUUUCGGAAAUGCAAGCUUUAGAGACAUUUUGGGCCAGAGGCCAAAUCUGGAUAAUAUACUGGACUUUCUGAAAGUCAUUAAUAUGUAUAGAGAAAUAUGAUGAUUUUAUUAUUGUAUAGUUUUAUUUACUUCAUGGUGCAUAUUUAAAUUAUUG